AUGGCGGCCCCCAUGCAAAUACAAAUGUGCUAUUUCCACAACUUCAACUGGCUAGAAAUGAUAAUCAUGAGACGUUUGACAUCAAACCUGGUGGUCUGGUUGCUGAUCUAUAUCUGUCUGCGUAACAUUGAUGGAUUCCAUACUAAUAUUUAUUACGCUGAAGACAUCAACAAACAGUCGUUUUCCUACACAAAAUCUAUCCCAAACGUACCGUCGAAAAUAUCCUGUGCGGUGUCUUGCGCCAGAGACCCAAAUUCAUGCCAAUCCUGGUACUACAACAGACAAGAAGAAACCUGCCGUAUUCGAACUGGCGAGAACAAUGCACCAGUGAAAUUCGACAAUUCUGAUCAUCAAGGACGGAAACAAUGGGUCUUAAUGAACCCACCUAAAGUUCACUGUAGAGUUCCAUUUGUGAACAAUGUGACGUCAGCUGUAGAUCGAAUCACGAAGAAUGACGGAAACGUCCCGUGCGAGCCCGACUUCUGCUUCUUUGAGACGGACCAGACGUUCGAAUGCCGAAAAACUGGAAGUUGGACGCAGAAGUGUGGUGGAUGUAAGCAGACUGUGUGGCGACAUUUUACAACCUUAUCUGGUGAACAGGGAAGGUCACUGCUCAGUUCUACCGAGACUGUCGGUGCGAUUGUUGUUCCGUUUGUUCGCUAUGCAGCAAAACGUUACCAGAAUGCCACGGCCAGCAAUGAACCCUAA